CGGUGCCGCUUGGAGGACGAAACCAUUUCGGAAAAACGAUAAACAACAAUCACUAUGGCUAUCUUCGAACCAAAAUUAUGAACCCCAAAUCGCUAUUUUUCACUGACCUUGUGAAGCUGCUUGGAUAACGGACGUCUUCGCAUUUGCGACGCAAGUCAUGACCCUGCACAGUGCAGUCUCACUUUCACAUUUCCGUCGCUCCUUUCUGCUGCCAUGGCGAGCCCUACGAAAAAGAGGAAGUUGAACUCUGAUUCGAAGCAAAAGACUGCCCCAACAAAAGGGCUAGAGUACUUCUUCGAGAAGCAGAGACGUAAUGGUUCCUCGUCGAGCACUCCACCUGUUCCAGAGCACGAUGCGAAGCCGGAGCAGUCCCAAGGCUCCUUGACGGACGAAGAGCUUGCGAGAAAACUUCAAGCUGAGUGGGAUGCCGAGGUUAGGGCCGCCUCGGUCCCCGCUGCAGCCCAGCCGGGGACAGGGGGCUCCGGGAUGACCAAAGCAGCUUCGGAGCCAGAGUCGGCAACGACUCCCCAGCCGCCGGAAGCACCGCUUGCCUCCCCAGGAAUUGGAUCGACACGCACAAAGAAGCCCCUUCUGCUGUCUUCUGCAGCGGCAACAGAAGACCAGGCGACCGCUUCCAUCCCGUUGGAUGAAAGCCCACUGACCUUCGACCCGGCGAAGUAUGUCCCUGAGCUACAAAACUCCUGGGCUUCUGAGGGUGGAGAUGCAUCUUACGCCUUGCUCACGCGAUGUUUCGUUUUGGUCAACGGCACUCAGAGCCGGAUCAAAAUCGUCGACACGCUUGUCAACUGUAUGCGGUUGCUGAUCGUGGGCGAUCCUGCGAGUCUCCUGCCGGCCGUCUGGCUGUCUACCAACGCCAUAUCCCCUCCCUACAUAUCCAUGGAGCUCGGAAUUGGCGGGUCUGCCCUCUCCAAGGCACUCAAGCAGGCAUGUGGGCUGGACAACCGGGCGCUGAAGUCACUGUAUGACAAACUUGGGGACCCUGGCGAUGUUGCUUUCGAGGCCAAGAAGAAACAGAGCUUCACUUUGCGCAAGCCGAAGCCGCUCACAAUUAAAGGCGUCUUCCAGUCUUUGGUCAAGAUCGCAAAAAGUCAGGGGCAGGGGAGCGGUGAGGUGAAACAGCGGAUUGUCGACAGACUUCUGCAAGACGCGCGCGGAGGGGAGGAGAGCCGAUACAUCGUUAGGACGCUCUGUCAACAUCUACGGAUCGGUGCCGUCAAGACUACGAUGUUGAUCGCUCUGUCCCGCGCGUUCUUGCUUUCUAGACCUGCCGGCGCCGGCUUUCCGGUCAAGGAUCCGCGGGAACUCGCUAAGCUCAAGAAGGAUGAGCUGGCUGAGGUCUGGACCAGGGCAGAAGAGCUCGUCAAAGCUUCCUACGCGCGACAUCCUGACUACAACGACCUCAUUCCCGUGCUUCUGGAAAUCGGCGUCUCCGAGGAGUUGCUCGUGCGCUGCGGUCUUACGCUCCACAUUCCGUUGCGGCCGAUGCUGGGAAGCAUCACCCGCGAUCUGUCGGAGAUGCUCACCAAGCUGCAAGGCCGUGACUUUGCCUGCGAAUACAAGUAUGACGGACAGCGAGCUCAAGUCCACUGUGACGCCAAUGGCAAAGUCUCGAUCUUUUCGAGGCAUCUGGAACUCAUGACAGACAAGUACCCAGAUCUGGUUGCCCUUGUCCCCAAAAUCCGAGGCGACGGUGUUGAGAGUUUUAUCCUGGAGGGCGAGGUGGUUGCUGUCGACCGUGCCACUGGCGAACUGAGGAACUUCCAGACACUCACUAAUCGUGCCCGAAAGGACGUUGCUAUUGGGAGCAUUACUAUUGAUGUCUGUCUCUUCGCGUUCGAUCUCAUGUACCUCAACGGACAGUCGCUGUUGGACCAACCUUUCCGGCAUCGGCGGGAUCUGCUUCGGUCUCUUUUCGUCGAGAUCCCCCACCACUUCACAUGGGUCAAAAAUCUCGACGCGACGUCGCAAGAUUCCGAGGCGGUUCUCGAGUUCUUUAAGUCCGCCCUCGACAGCAAGUGCGAGGGGAUCAUGGUCAAGACGCUCGACAAUUUUGCCGAGCUCGAAACCACGGGCGAAGAUGCCUCCGAAGACCGCUCAGCAUCCGAACCGCCAGCCGCAAAACCAACCCCCCAAUCCCGCAAGUCGAAACGGACCACACCCCCCGAAGCGCACAUGUCACUCCAACAACCAGCGCCCCCAACCAAAUCCCGCCGCAAGCCGCUCCUAGCAACCUACGAACCCGACAAGCGCCUCGAGUCCUGGCUCAAAGUCAAAAAAGACUACCACGCCUCCACCGCGGACACGCUCGACCUGGUACCCAUCGCCGCCUGGCACGGCCAGGGCCGCAAGGCCAAGUGGUGGUCGCCCAUCCUGCUGGCGGUCCGCAACGACGAGACCGGCUGCCUCGAGGCGGUGUGCAAGUGCAUGUCCGGCUUCACGGACGCCUUCUACAAGGCGAACCGGGCGUUCUACGACGACGGCAGCGGCGGCGGCGGCGAGGCGCGCAACACGCACGCGCGCAAGCCCCCGUUUGUCGAGUACGACGGUCCCGCGCCGGACGUGUGGUUUGAGCCGUGCGAGGUGUGGGAGGUCGCGUUUGCCGACGUUACGCUCAGUCCGACCUACACGGCGGCGAUUGGGCUCGUCAGCGAGGAGAGGGGGUUGAGCUUGCGGUUUCCGCGGUUUUUGAGGAAGAGGGAGGAUAAAGGGGUCGAGGAGGCCAGUACGAGUGGGUUCUUGGCCGGGCUGUGGAGGAAGCAGGAGGCGAAGGUGUCUACGGCGGUGGGGGAGGAGGCAGCAGCUGGGGUGGGAGGGGAGGAAGACGAGGACGAGGAAUGAAUCGCGGGUCAGGUCAGAGCCAUGCGUCAUUGCUGGGGUGCUGUUUUCCAUUAAUCUGCCGAGAGUGUCGGCUCUAAUUGCGAUUCCGCUACGCCUUCCACGCCCGGUACACGAUCCGGCAGCCGUACUUCUCGCCCUUCUUCAGCAGCAUCUGGCUCUUCCACUCGUCCACGUUGCACGCGUUGACGUACCGGCUCGGCUCGACGCAGAAGCCGCUGUGGGCCUUGCGCGCCGGCACGCCGGCCACCUCGGGCACGUCGAUGUACUUGCCCGUGUAGAACUGGAAGG